AUGAAGUGGACCUGCUUUGUCGUAAAUUGGUUGAUUCUCUUCAACCCACUAUUGACCAGUUGUGUGAAAGCUUUGAUUGUCAAUGGUGGCGCCAAAUCUUUGCCUGGACAGUUUCCCUACGUAGUGUCGCUUGUCAGCUUGAAGGAUUCAUAUUGUAGUGGCAGUAUCAUCCACAAAGAUUUCGUUCUAACUGCAGCUCACUGCGUUUGCAGUGAAAGUGGUGAAAUCAAUACCGAUCCCUUGUGGAUAGUGGCCGGAACUAACAAUAUGAGAUAUCGUCUUUACCCAGCUGUGAAAAUUUCUGUCGAAAAGGUCUAUGUGCCCACCGAUUUCGAUCCAAACACGUUUGUGGGGGACAUUGCCGUAUUAAAGCUCGAGAGCUCACUUGACUUGGAUAACAACGAGUUUUUACAAAAAAUCGAUUUAGACACAAUUGGAUACGAAAGGUACAAAAAAAAAAAAGCUUCGAUUGCGGGAUUUGGCUGCUACGAGCUUGGUUAUUUAAUCAGGGACGACGGCUCUUACGAGGGCGUGGAGUGCUUAAAACAUGGAGUACUACAUCACGGCAGCGCUGUAAUAUUGAGCAACAAUAAGUGCCAAAAAAAAUUUACGAAGCGCUCCAACAUAUUUUUCAAAACGAAAGUAAAAACAAUUCAUCGAUCGCAGUUGUGCACUGUUCUCAUCCCACUUCAGGAACAUCUGACGAUCGGUGGUUGUAUAGGCGACAGUGGGAGUCCAAUUGUAAUAAAUGGAAAUAUUCAAGUUGGAGUCAUGAGUUUUGGCAGUAAAUUAUGCAAUGAUGAAACACUGCCAUGUAUCUCGAUCGCAGUUUCAUCUUAUGCGGAUUUUAUAAAUAAAGCACUCGCAGAUUCACCUCCGGGUCAGUACUUACGAUCUGUUAAUCUACCUCUUAAUAGAGAGGUAUCAUCUGUUUAA